CGCAUGCGUAUCCCGACAAAGCGGCCUACUUGCAAAUAAAGUGGGCGGCCGGGUGUGGAAUUGUCCGCCCGGACGGCUUCUGAGCAUGCGCAGAGAUCUCGGCGACCUGUCAGGGCGCAUGAGCGCGGGGUGUGGCGAGAUGGAGGCGGGCGUUUCUUCGCCCACUUGUGUCUCUUCGCUUGCCAAAAUGGCGUCGGUGGCGCUGAAGGGCCUGCUGGUCCCUCAUCUCCUUCCCGAAAACUGCUACGACGAGCUGUUCCUGCGCUUCAAUUUCUUGCAUAUUCCAUGCCUCAAAAUCCUGAUCAGCAAAGGACUGGGAUUUGCAAUCGUUGCUGGCUCACUCAUGGUGAAGCUGCCCCAGAUCUUCAAGAUCACGGGGGCCAAGAGCGCCGAGGGGCUGAGCUUCCACUCCAUCCUGCUGGAGCUCUUGGCCAUCACAGGCACCAUGACCUACAGCAUCGCUAAUGGCUUCCCUUUCAGCUCCUGGGGUGAGGCCCUCUUCCUCAUGCUGCAAACGGUGACCAUAGGGUUCCUGGUGCAACAUUUUGGGGGCCACACGGGACGCGGCCUGUCCUUCCUCUUCCUCUAUUUUGGAGCCCUCUCCUUCCUGCUGUCUCCUCUCAGCCCGAUGUCUGUCGUUACCGUGCUGCAGGCUUCCAACAUGCCUGCUGUUGUCAUAAGCAGGCUCCUGCAGGCAGCCACCAACUAUCACAACGGCCACACGGGGCAGCUCUCGGCUGUCACGGCCUUCAUGCUCUUUGCCGGCUCCCUGGCCCGGAUCUUCACCUCCAUCCAGGAGACGGGGGACCCUCUGAUGGCCCUCACCUACGUGGUCUCCUCGGCCUGCAACGCCAUCAUCACGGCCCAGCUGCUCUACUACUGGAAUGUUCCUGUCGACAAACGCAAGAAGGAAUAGAAAGGGGCAGAGGAGCCCCGGCUGCCCCCAACCUGUCCACAGGAAGGGAGUUUUCUGAGCCAGUGCUACUGCCGGGAGGGGGACUGCCCAUUUCCCUAGCGGGCGUG